AUGUCCGUCAUUCUGGAGGUUGGACUCAUCAGCGGCAGGACUGUCUCACUUCCAGCAGGGCUGGAUGAUACUGUGGGACAGCUAAAGCAACAGGCACAGAGGGCUUUGGGAGUUGGGCAUGGGAGGCUGGUGGGCUCCUCCGGACAUGUGAUGGAUGUGUCCACCACACUUAGGGAAGCCCGACUGAAGGUCGGGGACUCCUUGACCUUGCAGAUCAGCCAGAUUUCCGUGAAGGGUGCCCUCCAUGCUUUUGCGGCGACCCUGGGUGAUGGAUCCGUCGUUACUUGGGGUCAUGCGGCAUGUGGAGGUGACAGCAGCUCAGUGCAAAAGCAGCUGAAGAAUGUGCAACAGAUCCAAGCUACGCGCGGUGCUUUUGCUGCCAUUCUUGGCGAUGGUUCUGUUGCUGCUUGGGGUGCUCCGGAAUUUGGUGGUGACAGUACUGGUGUGCAGAAAAGGCUGGAGAACGUGCAACAGAUUCAGGCCACGGCCACAGCUUUUGCUGCUGUUCUUUCAGAUGGAUCUGUCGUGACCUGGGGCGAGUCAGACUGCGGUGGCGACAGCAGGGCUGUGCAGGCACGCCUGAAGAACGUUGAGCAGAUUCAAGCCUCGUGCAGUGCUUUUGCUGCCAUUCUCAGAGACGGAUCCGUUGUAACCUGGGGUGAGCCGAAUUGCGACUGCAAUGCUGUGCAAGACAAGCUGAAGGAUGUACAACAGGUUCAAGCUUCGUUGGGCGCUUUUGCUGCAAUUCUUGGCGACGGAUCGGUCGUGACGUGGGGUCGUACGGCGAAUGGUGGUGACAGCAGCUAUGUGCAAGAGCGGUUGAUACAUGUUGAGCAGAUUCAAGCUUCAAGAUCUGCCUUUAGCGCGCUUCUUAGAGAUGGAUCCGUCGUGACCUGGGGUUUUGCACGGGACGGUGGUGACAGCAGUGAUGUGCAGGAGCAGCUUAAGAAUGUAGUACAGAUUCAAGCCACAGAAACAGCUUUUGCUGCCAUUCUUCGAGAGGGAUCCGUCGUAACUUGGGGUGACUCAGACAGCGGUGGUGAUAGCGGCGCUGUGCAAGAGCAGCUGAAGAAUGUCCAACAAAUUCAAGCCUCGUGUGCUGCAUUUGCUGCCAUUCUGGUGGAUGGGUCCGUCGUGACAUGGGGUCGGGCAGCCAGCGGCGGUUUCUGCAGCGACGUUCAAGAAAAGCUGAAGUGUGUACAACAGGUUCAAGCCACGGACACCGCCUUUGCUGCCAUUCUCAGAGAUGGAUCCGUCGUCACUUGGGGUAACCCAGCAAGAGGCGGUGACAGCAGUGCAGUACAAGAGCAGCUUAAGAAUGUGCAACAGAUUCAAGCCUCAUGUGCUGCAUUUGCUGCCGUUCUUUCUGACGGUUCGGUCGUGACCUGGGGAUCGCCAGCGCAUGGCGGAGACAGCAGCGCCUUGCAAAAGCAGCUGAGAAAUGCUUAG